AUUAAUAUAUCUAGUAUUGCCGACACGCAUAAGACGACGCACAUAAGAAGACGCCAGUCCAGAAGGCACUCGUGCGGUGGAGCCAGUCGUCUUUCUUCACGGCAAACGUCUGCAGCGCCUUUUCUUCUGGUCGAGACAUCUGCACACCAGCAUGAAGUUGAGCAUUCCUCUCCUUGCCGUGGCGGCGCUCCUGGUAGCAUCUGUGAAUGGGGACUUCCACUGUGGUCGGAGUGACGGUCUCUGUCAAAACGGUGGUAGUUGCGACCUUGAUACUGGAGUGUGUGCGUGCGCCGCCACCUUCACCGGGUACGACUGUAGCGCCGUCACAGCUGAGGUAGACAAGGGGAACUGUAAUUCGACUUCUACCUGUCAGAACGGGGGCACAUGUCACAGCAAUGGAACAUCAUACACGUGCCUUUGUCCAGAGGAGUACAUCGGGACUGACUGUAACACUCUCCGCUAUGAAGUGACUUGCAGCCCAGAUUCAAUGUCCCUUGAGAUCACGCCGUUUGUACCCAGCUUCUUGGGGACCAUAUUUGUGGAGGGAAACCAAGGAAAGGCAGCUUGUACCUUUACCGAUAACGGGGGAGUCCAGCGGAUCAACAUCACAGACAUAAACGCCGACUGCGGCAACGCAACGUUUGACAGCGCUACAGGAACCUCGACUAGAUGUUUCUAUGUUCUCUUCAACCCAAAUACAUUCACGUCACGUGACCAGAGGAUUUGCGCCGUCUGUGGGGCUGGUGACACCAUCAACAAAACCAUCGGUGCCGUCAAUGUUACGGUCAUAGACAGUGACCUUGAUAGUCGUACUCUGGGGAACACCCCCCUGGACUCGGAUGUGGACAUGGCUCUGUACGUGAAUGGUUCUGCCGUCACCUCCCCCCUUCAGCUCGGGGACCUCGUACUCAUCAACAUCUCACUCUCGGCAGACGGACUUAAACGCUUUGACAGCAUCAGAGUAGAGAGGUGUGUGGCCACCAAUACCCUGGCGGCCAAUAACGUAAACUAUAAGGAUGCUAAAUUCAUAGAAGGCAGCUGCAAGUCAACCGACCUUGGUCUGCUGAUGGUCAACGACCUGAACGGCACGGUUACCGGAGGACCGGAGGUCACUUUCGGCUUCUCGGCCUUCAAAUUCAUCUAUGGUUCUUCUGUCGACGUCACGUGUGCCGUCAGAACCUGCCAGAGAGCGUCGGCGUGUGCCCCGGUAAACUGCACAGCUGGAGAGAACACGGGAUAUGGACGACGAAAGCGACAGGCUGAGGGGAGUGAAGACAAGGUGCUCCGGGGGAUGUACACUAUCGGAGAGCGUCAAACGUCAGACACCACGGCUGUCCAGAAGAAAGAAGAGACGGCGGAAUGUACAAUGGACUCCAAGAUGAUCACCACUGUGGUGGCGCUGUCCGUCGGGCUCCUAUUGGUGCUCCUCCUUUGUAUCAUCCUCAUCGUCAAGGCCAUCCUCAGCCGCACCACCGUCUACCGCGACGACACCAGCAGCUCCACCACCCAUCUGCCACACCUCCCUACUCUUGUUAGCAACAAGAUGUAAAGGCAGAUCUGCUGUAAAGGCGACACCUUUAUAAUGACACUGGAAUUCGAUUAACUCUGACCAACGUCUAAUAUCUUUUCAUUAUCUCGAAUAAAUAUACCACUGCAUGUCAUCAA